GUGGGGAAGGGAUGAUUUUCAAUUGCUUAUUUCUAAUUUCUAAUUGACAGCAAUGUGCAAAUCAGGCACAAGACUGGUUUCUUGAGCAGAGAACUCUGCACUGUAAGAGAAGAGGAGCAGAAUAUGCCCGCGAGAAGAGGAACAGAACAAGAAGAAUCGAGACUUUGCUGGGCAGGCAGGCGUGGGAGAGCUCCUUUGCUGCAGGUUGCUGUCUGGAGUGCCACACGUGGGGUUUUGUCACUGUAGUGAGGAUAGUUGGGAGCAGGCUUUUUUUCUCUUUUUUUUUUCUUGGAGUCGUCAUGCUGCAGCAAAUUUUGCGUGAUAUGUAUAUUGACCCUGAGCUCCUGGCAGAGCUGAACGAAGAGCAAAAGCAGAUCUUGUUCUACAAAAUGAGAGAAGAGCAGCUGAGGCGCUGGAAGGAGAGGGAAGAAAAAGCACGAAUGGAGGAGGCUGUGCUGAGAAGGACAGCGAGGCGCAAACAAAGUGAUGGCAAACAUGUGCAGUGGCUGCGUGGGAAGGAUGGUGAGGUCUGGGUCUGGGUUAUGGGAGAAGCCCCAGGCGACAAGCCAUAUGACCAGAUAUCAGAGGAGCUAAUAGCAGAACGAGCCAGGCAACAAGCACAGAAGGAGGCAGAGGAGCUAUGGAGACAAAAAGAAGCUGAAAUUACAAAGAAAUUCCGGGAUGCUAUGGCUCAAGAAAAAGCCAGAAUAGUGGCAGAAAAAUGGAAAAUAGAAAUAGAAGAUCGGAAAGCUGCCAAAUUGGAGGAGGAAAAAAUUCAGGAGGAGUUGAAGAAAAGAGAAGAAGAGGAAAGACAAAAGGGUGAAGAACAAAUAAGGCAGCAGGAGGAAAUCCGAGCAAAAGAGCUGUAUUUGAGCCUCAAGCAAGCUCAGCAGCACAGUCAACACAGUGACGAUGACCAGGAGUGGGAAGAACAGUUGCGUCGCUCCAAAGCCGCAGAUGAGGAAAGGAGCCACAAAGCACGCAGGGCACGGGAUGAAUACCGACGGCAAUCCUUGCGAGCCAUCCAGAAGGGAAGAGUGGCUGGUCUGAGUAAUUUGUUCCAGGGGACAAGCCUGAGUAAAGAGCAGGAGACAAAACUGAACUGCAGCAGUGCAGGUCCAUUGCUGUCUCUCUCUGCAGCAUCCAGUAACAUCUGGGAGCGCCCAUCUCGACCCUUUUCUCGAGAAGUCAUCAUUCGUUGGUUCAAAGAAGAGCAGGUCCCUCGACGUGCUGGGUUUGAGAGGAACACCAAUAGGAUUGCUCAAUGGUUUCAUGGUAUUAUCAGCCGCCAGGAGGCAGAAGAGUUGUUGAUGAAUAAAUCUGAAGGAACAUUCCUGGUGCGAGUCAGUGAGAAAAUCUGGGGCUAUGCAUUGUCUUAUCGCCAGCAAAGUGGGUUCAAACACUUCUUGGUUGAUGCUUCGGGGGAUUUCUACAGCUUCUUGGGGGUAGAUCCAAACCGACAUGCAACACUGACAGAUCUUAUUGAUUUUCACAAGGAAGAAAUCAUCACAUCCUCAGGUGGGGAGCUACUACUGGAACCAUGUGGACAGCAGAAGAAUCCACCAGACUACAGCCCUUUAUUCGAGUAACCAGGACUAACAGUAAUGUGUUCUAGAUAGCUACAGUAAUAGAUAGCUAUAAAAGUAAACACUGAAAACUAAUUAACAAACUUUCAAAGCCACUAGUCUUGUGGCCAAAAUAAAUAUCCUCAUUAGAAGACCCAAAAUAUUUGUUUCACAUCUGAAUUAUCAUUAUUAUUCAUAUUGCUAAUAUUCUGAAGAUGAGAACUUACUGUCAGAUUACAAAUGAAGACUGUUACCAGAAAUUUUUAAGAGGUUGUGGCCAAUUGCACUGAAAGCUAAGUUCCUAUCUUAAUUUUCUUAAUGUUUAAUAUUGAAAAUGCAAAAUCAUAUACUUGUAACAGCUAGAAGUAUGGAUGGGAAUUAUUCAUCAAGUAUUGUACCAAUAUUGUUGAACGGGUUCUUUUUUCCAAAGCAAGGUUUGUCAGUUUCUAUUGACAAUCUCAUCACUCAGUGAUUCACUUUUGAUAACAAGAGAUGCAAUCUUAAAAUGUCCUUUUGCAGUUUGUCAUUGCUAAAAUGUUUAGGUAUAGCUGGAAACUUGCCAUCAUGCUUUUGAAUAUAGGCUGACAAAGUUAACCACAGCAGAGACAGUCAGAACAAGGUCAUUCACAUUUUAUUUACGAUUUCAUGCAGUCCAGCUGCCAAGGAAGGAAUUCUACUUCUGUACACAAACUGGUUAGUUUCUUCUAAAUUAGUUACUCUAAUAACCACAGUUUGAUUUGUAGCAGCAACCACAACUCACACUCUCCUUGUCAUAUUUUGUGUAGUGCUGUGCAACACGCUGGAGAUUCCUAGCUUUAUUUUUCUAUAGUACCAGAUACCUCCCUUAGCUGAGCUAUAAGUGGUUACUCUAACACCUCAUAAUAAAGCAAAUCAAGAAGUGCAGCAAAUAAGCAAUGCUUAUUAGCUGGAACAGUUGAUCAUAGUUUACAUUUCUCAGAUGAGAUGACAGCUGGGCUUCUUGCAACAAGUAGUUUUACAGUGGUAGGACGUUCCAUAACUACAGCUAAUAUCUUGAGGAACAAAUUAACUUGGAAGCUAGAUAAAGGGGCAAGAUACCCAAGUUGUUUUGGAAUUGUGUUAAAGUGUGGUCCUCUGCAGGUCACCAGGGUGGAUCCCCAAAAUGGAAUACAGCUUUGCAGUUCUGAAUGUAGACGUAAUUCUUAUAUUAGGAUCUAAUAGAGAUACCUGGUAUGUCUGAUCUGGGUCUACAAUACACCUGGUAAAGGUACAUACAGACAUGAAUCCAGCUGGUGGAGCUCAGCUCAGGGUAAUUCACUGUGCUUUUCAAAUAUGGACUGUAUAGAAACCAUCACAGAAAAUUGCGUGUUUUUUUUUUUUUUUUUUUUUUUUUUCCCCAAUAGAACAUUCAGUAAGUGCCCCUCCAAAGAGCCCUCAUAUCUACUAUCUGCUUUCUCAAAAAAUUAGGUUUCAUUUUGCACUCUUUAUAUAGGCAUCUCAAGAAUCCCCCCAUCUUCAGGUUAUUUACAGCUGCACAUGUUCCAUUACAGAAGAACUGGACCCCUACUUUACAGGAGAAAGGAAAGGGACAUUUUAAAGUUAAGAAGUGUAAAUAUACAAAGACUGAGGCCAGAGAGCAGCAGCUGACUGUAGGACUGAUAGUCCAAAGACAGUACUGAAUAAUUAAGACAAUAUUUAGACAUCUAAACAUCUUUGCAGGCUGGUAUUUUGCCUUAAAGAACUGUUUGUUUGUUUGUUGUUUUUUUAAAGGCAUAAAAUGACUUCUCCUAGGAGAAGUUGCUAAGCAUGCUGGAAAAUAUAUAUGCAAUUUCUAGAGUUUUUCUAAAGAUUAUUCAAGCCACUGUGCACAAUUUUGAGAAUGUUUAAAUACAGAAAAUUGAAGAACUUCUUCAAUAAGGAAUUCACAUUUGUAGAGAUAUACCACUAUUUAUUUCUAGUUACACAAUUCUCAACAACUUCCUGCAUUUUGUUUAGUGGAUAAGAAGGCUUGGAAAUACGGCUCUGUAUAUUACAUGAUUACAUGUCCUAUUGUGAUGUAAUUAACAACCUAACGGCAGUUUCAUUUUCAUUUCAGCCUACAUUUCUUACUUCUAAUUUUGUAAAUUCUUCUGCCUAUUCCAUCUAUUUCUUAUGCUGGGCUUUACCUGGCUUUAAAAUAAAUUCCAUGUAAGUUCCUCUGCAAAUGAAAUUACUGUCUGGAAAACUGCAAUUUCAUCUGAGAGUUUUAUUAUGCUAAUAAAUGUCAGAAUUCUCAAGUAAA